AUGGCCAACCUGACUAUGGCUAUUAUUUAUCAAACCUCUUCAAGGCAUCAACAGUCUAAAGGAGGAAGACAUGAAAGUCAAGAUCUUGCGUGGCAUGCGGUUGCGUCAUGGACAUGGGAUGCUCAAGAUGAGACAUGUGGGAUAUGUCGUAUGCCAUUUGACGGUUGUUGUCCAGACUGCAAACUCCCUGGAGAUGAUUGCCCUCUAAUUUGGGGAGCUUGCAACCAUUCGUUUCAUCUUCAUUGUAUACUGAAAUGGGUUAACUCACAGACGAGUCAAGCUCAUUGCCCCAUGUGUCGUAGAGAAUGGCAAUUCAAAGAGUAAUGACUGAAGAGAGACCGUUUGUGCUGUACCUUGAUUUAGAUAUCUAGCUUUGGUUUCCAUCUAUGUUGGAUCAUUGUUCCGAAUUUAGUACGACUCUUGAUGGGUUGUUAAUGGAUGCAUAUAUAAGUAACUAACGAUAAAAAAUGUAGCAAAGAGUUUUUGGUCCAUUC